AUGGUGUCCGAAUUCUUAACACCUGAUUGGGGGCGGCUAAAAGACGGAGAUGACGAGGCACGUAUCCUCUUCAGAGUGGGGAAGAAUCGGGAUGGUUACUUCGACAAUGACGAUCUGAUCAGUCAAGUGGAUCAUGCUAUUGACAUUUUUGAGGGACUCACCAAUGGCUUUGCAACUGGUCUUUUCCUGUUUGACAAUGCACCGAGUCACCAAAAGCGGGCAAUGGAUGCCCUCUCUGCUUGGAAAAUGCCCAAAAAUGCCCAUGCAACAUGGACACAUCACAAAGAUGGCCCAAAGAUGAGGACCACCUGCUUCGGUGAGCACAGCACUAUCCAAGACUUCUAUUACCCAGAUGAUCACCCCACCAUGCUGGGCUGGUUUAAAGGGAUGGAGAAUAUUAUCCGGGAGCGCAGUCUGUGGCCACAGCGGGGGCUCAACGCGCAGUGUGAGGGGUUCAAGUGUGAGCCUGGGAAGACGGACUGCUGCUGUCGACGGCUUCUAUUCACACAGCCCGAUUUCGUAAAUCAGAAGUCUUGCCUUGAAGAGUUAAUCACUUCCCACGGUCACAUUUGUGACUUCUACCCAAAAUAUCACUGUGAACUCAAUUUCAUUGAGCAGUAUUGGGGGGCAGCAAAGCUUCGGUAUCAGAAUAGCCCCAAGACAACUGAUAUAAAGGAGAUGGAGAGGAAUGUACUUGCCUGCCUCGACGAUGUUCCUGAUGUUUCAAUCAAACGAUAUGCCAAUCGCGCUGCUCGAUUUAUCAAUGGAUACUUCCAGGGACUUACAGGCCCCGAGGCAGUGUGGGCAAACAGGAAAUAUCACGGCCAUCGCACACUUCCUGCGUCUGUUGUUGCUAAACUUAAGGAGGAGUUCUUAAAGAGGUUUGGGGGGUCCAAGUAA